CUUUUCAGGUGCUAGAGCAAGGGGUAGUGGCUAUGAUUGGCCCACAGUCCUCAGCAAUAGCUCACAUACUUUCUGGAAUUGCUAAUGGUCUACAAGUUCCUAUUGUCUCCUAUGGUGCAACCGAUCCUACUCUAUCUGCUCUGCAAUUCCCUUACUUCCUCCGAACUACGCAUAGCGACGCCUACCAAAUGGAUGCCAUGGCUGAUCUGAUAGAGUUUUAUGGUUGGAAAGAGUUCAUUGUCAUAUAUGUGGAUAAUGAUUAUGGCAGGAACGGUGUAUCCGCAUUCGAAGAUGAGCUCGAUAAGAGAACACUGAGAAUUGCCUAUAAAUUGCCUCUGCCUAUUCAGUUCAAUAUGAGCUACGUAACUGAAGUGCUCAAAAGCUCCAAGUCGUUUGGUCCUCGUGUCUAUGUUGUUCAUGUUGAUCCCGAUCCUUUGUUGAAAAUCUUCACUGUUGCAAAAAGGCUACAAAUGAUGACUAGCAAUUAUGUGUGGUUCGCAACGGAUUGGCUCUCUACGACCAUAGAUUCGUACUCUCCAAUGAUGAGUCGAACCUCUCUUGGUGUUCUUCAAGGCGUGGUCACGCUUCGCCAACACAUUCCAAAAUCCACUCGGAAACAAGCCUUUUUGUCUAAGUGGAGAAAACUGCAGCGGGCAGGUUUAGUGAGCUCCGAGUUGAAUAACUAUGGACUUUAUGCUUACGAUGCAGUUUGGACGGUUGCCUAUUCCAUUGAUAGAUUUAUAAAAAAAUAUGGAAAUGUAUCAUUCUCUUUAAAUGAUAAGUUACUUAGUGUUAAAGGAACUGAACUUCAGCUGGGGAAGCUCAAAGUAUUUGAUGGUGGAGCUAUUCUUCUUAAGGAAUUAUUGGAGACGAACUUCACUGGUUUAACUGGUCAGAUUAGAUUUGAUGAAGCCAGGAACUUAAUCAAUAGCGGUUAUGAUGUCAUCAAUAUCGACCAAAGGGAAAUUCGUACAAUUGGUUUUUGGUCCAAUUACACUGGAUUUUCUGUUUCCCCACCAGAAGCUGUAAAAGUGAAGAAAGUUAGCUAUUCCCCUUGGGAUCAGAAGCUUAACAAUGUUACUUGGCCCGGGGGAGAGACAACAACACCGCGAGGUUGGGUGAUUGCAGUUGAUGAAAAGCCUUUGAGAAUUGUGGUGCCAAACAGGACAAGUUUUGUUGAGUUUGUUACAGAAUACAACAACCACGACAUAAAGGGAUACUGCAUCGACAUAUUCACGGAAGCGUGUAAAUUAAUCCCUUAUGAAGUUCCCUUCAGAUUGGAGCCUUUUGGAGAUGGUCACUCAAAUCCCAAAUAUGAUCAGCUUGUGAAAAUGGUUGAGAGUGAUGUAUUCGAUGCUGCUGUUGGGGACAUCACAAUUGUAAAAAACAGGACGGAGAUUGUGGAUUUUUCUCAGCCUUAUGCUAGUACUGGUCUUGUGAUAGUGGCACCUAUCAGCCAUCCGAAAACAAAUGCUUGGGUGUUUCUCAAGCCAUUCACAUGGGAGUUGUGGUGUGUCACUGUUGGUUCUUUUGUGAUGAUUGCAGUUGUUAUGUGGACUCUUGAGCAUCGAGUCAAUGACGAUUUUCGAGGCCCCCCUAAAAGGCAACUUGCUACAAUGUUUCUGUUUAGCUUUUCAACACUAUUUAAGAAAAACCGUAAGUAA